UCGCUUCCUCUUCCGUCUGGUUUUAACUAUCUCAGAGGGGUUUGACGGCGAUAGGAAAUAAUAAGAUAAUGGGAGAAUAUAGGCGUACGCAAAAUGUGUCCUCACAUCCUGUUUUUCACUUCCUCCUCAAUGGUCGUGAAUGAACCAGUUUCGGACGGUCUGUACGCGCAUGGAAUAUACCACAGCACAUUGUCAAUAUUGCACACGCGCCCUUUCUGUGGACACUUUACAGGCCACAUAAAUUGUAGAAGACAUUUGUGCGCGGUGAAAUUCUGAAUCCGUAUUUUUCCCGCAAUAUGAGUGAUUUCUGACAGCAAGAGGCCAGAGGGUUCUGUGAGACCUUUAAACACUUCUGACAGGAUGGAAAAGAAAGACGUGAAGAUCAUCAACCAGGGUCUGGAGGACGAGAUGGAGGUGUGGGGUUACCGGCCGUGCCCCUGGAAGAUGGUUCUGGUGGCCGUUGGGGCGGUGUGCACCGGGGGGCUGCUGCUUCUGGUGCUCUACUGGCUACCUGAGUGGGGAGUGAGAGGGACCUGCACACGGACCCCCUUCAUCAGGGAGGCCCAGACACUGCUGCUAAGAUCCACGGACGAGUUUAGGAGGUGGUUCCGGGCCAAGGUACAUGUGAUGCUAGCCCCUGGAAAGAGACCCUUUGACGGUGUCGAUCUCCUAAGCCCUCUGCACAUACCUAAUGGGGACAGUAUACACUCCUUCAGUGCCCUCCAAGAUGAACAUCAGGGAAAAUACAUCCAUAUCCAGCCAGUUCAGGUUUGCUACUUCACCCACCACAGCACAAAAUACUACUGGAAUGAUCUGCUUCAGAAUUUUGAAGUGUUUAAAGGUUUGGAGGAUGUCAGGGUGACUUGUUCCAGCAUCCACACUGACCACAGCUCUGGUCUCAGCAAACUACUUCAGGACUACAGGAGACUGUUCUUUGAAUUGAAUGAGAUAGCAGUUAGAGUGCCAUCUGUGUUCAAGCUACUCAUAAAAGAGGUCCUGAAUCCGUUCUACAUAUUCCAGCUCUUCAGCGUGAUUCUGUGGAGCAUUGAACAGUAUUACUACUACGCCGCUGCCAUAGUCUUCAUGUCUGUCAUAUCCAUAGCUACCUCGCUGUACACCGUCAAGAAGCAAUACAUCAUGCUGCAUGACAUGGUGGCGACCCACAGUAUUGUACGUGUCUCAGUGUGCAGAGGGACGCUCGAUGUCGAGGAGGCCAUGUCCACAGAGCUCGUCCCUGGUGAUGUCAUCGUCAUCCCGGCCAAUGGAAUGAUCAUGCCCUGUGACGCCGUGUUGGUUCAUGGAAACUGCAUCGUCAACGAGAGUAUGCUGACAGGUGAGAGUGUGCCUGUCACCAAGACCAGCCUACCCGGCUCAGGAGAAGAUGGGGCUGGCCUCUAUAGCAUAGAGGAACACAAGAGACACACGCUGUUCUGUGGCACUCACGUCAUUCAGACCCGCUUCUACACCGGGGAACUGGUCAAGGCCGUGGUGGUCAGGACUGGUUUCAGCACCGAGAAGGGCCAGCUGGUGCGCUCCAUCCUGUACCCCAAGCCCACUGACUUCAAGCUGUACAGGGAUGCCUAUCUCUUCCUGCUCUGUCUGGUGGGAGUGGCCGGUAUUGGCUUCAUCUACACCAUCGUUCUCAGCAUCAUACACCAGGUUCCAGCCAAAACCAUAGUGGUUGAAUCUCUGGACAUUAUCACCAUCACGGUGCCCCCGGCGCUGCCUGCAGCCAUGACAGCUGGCAUCGUGUAUGCCCAGCGCCGGCUGAAACGUGUGGGUAUCUUCUGCAUCAGCCCCCAGAGGAUCAACAUCUGUGGCCAACUCAACCUCGUCUGCUUCGACAAGACUGGUACUCUCACUGAAGAUGGUUUGGACCUUUGGGGGAUCCAGAGAGUUGAAAAUGGCAGUUUCUCUCCCCCAGAGGAUGACCCAGCCAAUGAGACCCUAGUCAGGUCCUCGUUUGUGUCUUGCAUGGCCACUUGCCACUCUCUGACCAAGCUAGAGGGAGAACUCUCCGGAGACCCACUGGACCUCAAGAUGUUCAACGCUACAGGCUGGAUUCUAGAGGAGCCAACAGAGGAAGAAACAGCCCUACACAAUCCCAUAAUGCCCACCGUGGUGCGGCCACCCAAACAGGUGCUCCCAGAGGUCAACCAGGAAGUCAAUCUAGCACAGAACAUGGAGCUGUCUGAGCUGACGUUGUCCUAUGAGAUUGGGAUCGUCCGCCAGUUUCCAUUCUCGUCAGCUCUACAGAGGAUGAGUGUGGUGGUCCGGAAGCUGGGGGAGAAGCGCAUGGACGCCUACCUCAAGGGGGCGCCAGAGGUUGUGGCCAGCCUCUGCGCAGAGGACACAAUACCAGAGAGCUUCACAGAGACCCUGGCGUCUUACACCAGGCAAGGGUUCAGAGUCAUAGCCUUGGCCCAUCGCCAGCUGGAGGCCAAACUCUCCUGGCACAAGGUCCAGAACCUCAACAGAGAUCUCAUAGAGACCAAUAUGGAGUUCCUUGGGCUCAUAAUCAUGCAAAACAAGCUAAAGGAAGAGACUGCUGGGGUUUUAAAAGACCUGCGACGUGCAAACAUUCGCACUGUGAUGGUUACAGGCGAUAAUAUGCUAACCGCUAUAUCAGUAGCCAGAGACUGUGGGAUGAUAACCCCUCAUGAGAGGGUCAUCGUAGCAGACGCCACACCUCCCAAAGACAUCCAGCCUGCUACGAUCAAUUGGCACUACACAGAGAACCACGCCACCAGCAAAGACAACCGUGUUGAGUCAGUGGAAAUCAGCCUUGAGGAUGUGGGCCAUGUGGCUUAUGGUGAGCAGCACAAGCAGCAGGAGCAGGGCUACCACUUUGCCAUGAGUGGCAGGUCCUUUGCUGUCAUCACCGAACACUUCCCUGACCUAGUCCAAAAGCUGGCACUGCGUGCCACAAUAUUCGCCCGCAUGGCUCCUGACCAGAAGACUCAGCUGGUAGAGGUCCUACAGAGUGUAGACUAUACUGUAGGGAUGUGUGGUGAUGGUGCCAAUGACUGUGGCGCCCUAAAGAGAGCUCACAGUGGGAUCUCUCUGUCAGAGUUGGAGGCCUCAGUCGCCUCCCCCUUCACCUCCUCCACCGCCAACAUCUCCUGUGUGCCCAACCUCAUUAGAGAGGGGCGAGCUGCUCUCAUCACCUCCUUCUGUGUGUUCAAGUUCAUGGCCCUGUACAGCAUCAUCCAAUACCUCAGUGUCACGCUCCUCUACUCUAUCCUCAGCAACCUGGGAGACUUCCAGUUCCUCUUCAUUGACGUUGCUAUCAUUCUGAUCAUUGCCUUCACAAUGAGUCUGAACCCGGCGUGGAAGGUUCUGGUGGCGCGGCGCCCCCCGUCCAGUCUAAUCUCAGGCCCUCUGCUGUUCUCCGUGCUGACCCAGAUCCUCACCUGUCUGGCCUUCCAGGUCCUGGCCUUCGUCUGGGUCCGGGGCCAGAGCUGGUACGAGAAAUGGACGCCCCUCUCAGAUGCCUGUAAUGUUUUCAGUGCCAAUCUCACCCAUGGUCCCAACAUAACGUUACAUGUCGACCACAAGAACAUCAAGAACUAUGAGAACACUACACUCUUCUACGUCUCCUCCUUCCAGUACCUGGCAGUGGCCAUCAUCUUCUCCAAGGGAAAACCUUUCAGACAGCCAAGCUAUAAAAACUGGCCGUUCAUGCUAUCCUGUAUGGCUCUGUACAUAUUCCUCUUCAUGAUCAUGCUGUAUCCUGUUCCUGCCAUCGACAAUUUCCUGGAGAUUGUGUGUGUUCCCCAUGAAUGGCGCAUAACAGUGGUCAUCAUUGUCCUAGUGAACGCUGCUGUGUCUUUCCUAUUGGAGACUUUGGUCCUUGACAUCAUCUUAUGGAAGCUGGUGUUCAGUCGAGACAAGCAGGGGGGCAGCGAUGGCAUGGCCGUCACCUCCGCUACUCUCACACCUCAGUCUGCUAAUGAGCAUUGGUGCACGGCGUUCCUCUCCUGGCUGUUCUAUCGGAAGGGGAAGACCCCCAGAGUGCGCUACAUGCAAGUCGCCCAGGAGCUGCAGGAGGACCCCGACUGGCCCCCCAAACCUGCUACUGUCACCUACACCACCAGCACCCCCCUCCACACUGUCAGCAUGUGACACAUGGCCACACCCACAUAUAGCUGCAAUUUUUUUUUUAUAUAACUAGGCAAGUCAGUUAAUAGCAAAUUUGUAUUUACAAUGAUGGCCUACACCAGCCAAAGCCGCCAUAUGGUACUCUUGAUCAUGGCCAGUUGUGAUACAGCCCGGGAUCGAACCAGGGUCUCUAGUGAUGCCACUAGCACUGAGAUGCAGUGUCUUAGACUGCUGUUCCACAUGGGAGGCAUACAGUAUCCAGUCUAGAACCUUCCAUUCCCUGGACCACUGACUGGUUUAUAACCAGUUUCAAGUCUAGAACCUUCCAUUCUCUGAACCAUUGACAGGUUUAUAACCAGUAUCAAGUAUAGAACAUUCCUUUUCCUGGACAAGUAGGGCUGUGAUGAUACCAGUAUCACAAUAUUUUUCCAUGGCAAAAAUGAAAACAUGAAGCAGAACAAACUCUUAGGUAUUUUAAAAACCUGCUGUAAGUAAAAUAUUGUGUGCAAUAGGCAGGUUUGUUGUUGAGUAACAAAACGGACGCGUGCGUAACUAUGGGGGAAAACAGACAGGUUGGCUUAGAUUGUUGACAACAUGUCAACUAUAUUUAUUCUCCAAUGUUUAUUGAAAACCAAAAUCCAUUUGCACAAUGAGCACUUGUCUCUCAAAUACAUCGUAACAGUUGUUAGCUAGCUAGCGAAUUUGAGCCAUAUUAGCAUUGACAUGAAAUCAGUCAAAACACCUCAAAACAAGACAUGGUAUCAAGAAGAUGAAACUAGCUGAAAUCAGUCACUUGCGAUUCCCCACAUGGCAGUUUCUUGUCAUUGUUAGUAUCUAUCUGGCCAUCCAGAAUCACAACAAGUGCCCCAUUUGAAGAGUGCACAUCAUUUUCAUGACAUUGUCAGCUAACCGAUCUAUAGCUAGAAAAAUAAAUAAUUGUGACUCCAACAUAAGGGCUGUUUUCCUAAAGAAGUUAAAUCUGCUUCGUUUUUCCUUUACAAGAUAAUAACAAGUAUCGCAAUACUGAUAUCGUCCCGGCCCUAGUUUAUAAACAAUAUCAAGUCUAGAACCUUCCAUUGCCUGGACAACUGACCUGGUUUAUAACCAAUAUCGAGUCUAGAACCUUCCAUUGCCUGGACAACUGACCUAGUUUAUAACCAAUAUCGAGUCUAGAACCUUCCAUUGCCUGGACAACUGACCUGGUUUAUUACCAAUAUCGAGUCUAGAACCUUCCAUUGCCUGGACAACUGACCUGGUUUAUAACCAAUAUUGAGUCUAGAACCUUCCAUUGCCUGGACAACUAGCCCCAUAUCCAGGAAUAAACAAAAAGAAUAAUGUGAAAUCACAUCAUGAGCUUGCAAUCAGACUGUGAUCCUGUCAACUUCUUGACCAUAACUAGACCAUAACUGCUCCGUCCUUACCCAAAACCCCCAAAGCACACAUAGAACCCCAGCAAUGUGACUACUGACAGGCUGCUCCAUACCGGGUACUUAUAACCCUCUUUUUGCUAUUAGUUGAGCCUUGGUGUAGAGGCCCAGAGAUGAUGUCUUUCCAAUACAGGGCUUGCCUUGCACUCACCACUGGUUGAUUUUUCAGCUUCACAAAGACUAAGAACUAUGGAAUCGUCCACUAACACUUUCUCACUUGCCUUGAUUGCUGCUCCAACGAAAUGUCAAGAGUUAAAGAGAACAUGUGUGAACAGGACCGUACUGAGGGAAAUGGAGGGAUUUUAAAAUAUAUAUAUAUAUCAACACACCCAGAUUAUGCAUUUUGAAAGCACUGUGUGUGUGUUUUAAGCGUGAGUGGUACUACUGUAUUUGCCAAGAUUGAAUAACAUUCCAAUGCACCAAUAAUAUAUUGCUGUGUUUCUCUGAGAAUUUGCUACGCUUUAUGAAUGUAAUUCUUCCUGUGGAAGUAUGUGAGUGCCCGUGACCCUUGUAAAAACUGAACACUUGAGUUCACCUGUGUGUUUGUGCAUGUGUAUGCAGGGUUUUUUCUGCAUAGAAAAGUCUUGGGCAGGACUUAAUACAAAAUUAUUGGGAUGGGAAAACAUUUUCAGUGUAAACUUAAAUGACUUAAACCAGAUAUAUAUUCAAAAAAUAUGAUGAUCUUUGAGAACUAACAAUCGCCCAAAUAAAAUCUAGCCCGUUAGGGAGAAUAAAAAAUUCGGAAAAUUAUGCAUUCAGUAUAUUUGUCAUGGCAUGGGGCCCCCAUUGAUUUUGUUAUGUUUGAGUCACUCCGAUAGCAUAACAACGCAUAAGCCAUGGCAAAAUGUGUAGAUUUGCUGAAAAUUUGAAUUUAAAAUGAUGUUUCUCUCACAUCAUGACAAAUGUGUAGAAUUGCAGGACAUUUUUUUUUCGCGGCCAAGAGGGCCUCUAAAAUGUUCAGUCGGCAACCGCACUAUUCACCACGCCCCCAUCACAGCCACCACCUAUCCCCAAUUUGGAUCCAGAAAAAAACCUGCUGGGUGUGUGCACGUACACUCCUGUACGUAUUUAUUUGGACGCUGAAGCUAAAACGUUUUAAUUCAGCUCUAUACUCUAGCAUUUUGGAUUUGAGAUCAAAUGUUUCAUAUGAGGCGACAGUACAGAAUCUUUUAUUUUAGGGUAUUUUCAUAUAUACCUGUUUUACCAUUUAGAAAUGAAGCACUUUAUGUAUCUAGUCCUCCCAUUUUAAAGGUGUCAAAUACUUGAAACGUUCAUAUAGAUGAACUAAUACCAUGAAGUGCUUUAAUCUCUAAACGAUAAAACGGAUAUGUAUGAGAAUACCCUCAAAUAAAAGGUGACAUUCUGUACCGUCUCCUCAUAUGAAACUUUUGAUCUCUGUAGAAUAGCGGACCUAGAGUAUCCAAGUGAGGUGAUGGGUGGGAAUGAGGUCAUGCCAUACCUUUUGUAACAUUUAUAAACCAUUGCACCUGACCUAAAUGCUGCUUUUAUCAAAGGGAAUUGUUUUGAAAAGAUAUCACAUUUUGAUUGUAUUUUAUAUUCUCUGAGAUUAACAGCUAAUUCUAAUAUCUGUUUUUUGAAUUUGUACAGUACAUGUUUUACAACUGAUGUAUCGCCUGUAUUGUCUAGUAUACACUACCGUUCAAAGGUUUGGGGUCACUUAGAACUUUCCUUGUUUUUGAAAGAAAAGCAACAAAAAAAAGUCCACUAAAAUAACAUAAAAUUGAUGCGAAAUACAGUGUAGACAUUGUUAAUGUUGUAAAUGACUAUUGUAGCUGGGAAAAGCUUCUUCUUUUUUUAAUUUAUAGAAUAUCUACAUAGGCGUACAAAGGCCCAUUAUCAGCAACCAUCACUCCUGUGUUCCAAUGGCACAUUGUGUUAGCUAAUCCAAGUUUAUUAUUUUAAAGGGCUAAUUGAUCAUUAGAAAACCCUUUUGCAAUUAUGAUGGCACAGCUGAAAACUGUUGUUCUGAUUUAAAGAAGCAAUAAAAAUUGCCUUCUUUAGACUAGUUGAGUAUUCGGAGCAUCAGCAUUUGUGGGUUCGAUUACAGGAUCAAAAUGGCCAGAAACAAAUAACUUUAACCUGAAACUCGUUAGUCUAUUCUUGUUCUGAAAAAUGAAGGCUGUUCCAUGUGAGAAAUUGCCAAGAAACUGAAGAUCUCAUACAACGCUGUGUACUACUCCCUUCACAGAACAGCACAAACUGUCUCUAACCAGAAUAGAAAGAGGAGUGGAAGGCUCCGGUGCACAACUGAGCAAGAGGACAAGUACAUUAGAGUGUCUAGUUUGAGAAACAGACGCCUCACAAGUCCUCAACUGGCAGCUUCAUUAAAUAGUACCCGCAAAACACCAGUCUCAAUGUCAACAGAGAAGAAGCGACUCCGGGAUGCUGGCGUUCUAGGCGGAAUUGCAAAGAAAAAGCCAUAUCUCAGACUGGCCAGUAAAAAUAAAAGAUUAAAAUGGGCAAAAGAACACAGACACUGGACAGAGCAUUAACAAUGUCUACACUGUAUUUCUGAUAAAUUUGAUAUUAUUUUAAUGGACAAAAAUUAGAUUUUCUUUCAAAAACAAGGACAUUUCUAAGUGACCCCAAACUUUUGAACGGUAGUGAACAUCCAAGCUUGUUGAUAUUGACCUAAACAUUACUUUGAAUAGAUCUCUCUGUAAAGGUCUCACCAGAAGUAUUAAAGGGAUAGUUCAGUGAAAUUAAAUAGUUCGAUAUUUGUUUCCUUACAUUAUAAAAUUUCAUGCCCAAAUUAUUUGUUAAAUAGAUUGUAUUGUUCAAUGACUUGCUUUGAAAUUAUUUUAAGAUGAUUUGGGCAUCAAUAUACGGGGGAGAGUGAUGUUCAUUGAUUUUUGGUCUGAAUAUGCUAAUAUUAGCCUUUGUUGGCAGUGGCUAGUUUAACAAAACCAAAGUGUGGAUUGCAGUCUCUCCUUGUCCAUACACAACUUUCAAGGUAAGGAAACAAAUCUAAGUAUGUAAUUUCACUAAACUAUCCUUUAAAUGCCUUACCGCUAGUCAGAACCACAAAAAAAAAGAAAUAAAAUUAGUUGUAACGAUUGUUUACUUUUAAUUCCUUUCUUUCUAUUGUGAUACAACUCACAAAGAAUGUGUGAUUUACUGAAAAUGUCUACAAUAAUAUUGAUAUUUUCCCUUGUGUUUGUUCUGUAGAGAGGAUUGCAUAAAAGCCUUCUUCCAUUCUGAUGACUUAACUCAACCAUUCCAUUUGCCAAUAAAUCUGUAUAUUAAAACA